AUGGCUCUGGGGUCAGGCAAUGGCCAGGGUGUGGACUCAGAGACCACCUUCCAGCUAUGGCUGCAGCUACUUCUCUGGGUCCACCUGACUAUUCGUUUCUUGAGCUACCUGCGCCGCACCCUCUGGGCACCUAAGCCGCAGCCAGCACCCUGAGCCUCCCUGGGCAUUGGCAGACAAGCCCCAGAUCACCCCAUCCCAUUCCACCCCCAGCCUCCAUUGCACCCUCUGCUGGAGGAG